AUGUAUUUGUGCAAGGAAAAAAUUCUCUACUCUUUAGCAUAUUCACUACCAUUUUCUGCGCCAACCGUUUUAGCCCACCAACAUCGUGAUUAUGAUAUCGUGGUGGUCGGAGGCACAUCAGCAGGAUACUCCGCCGCGAUCCAGGCGGCACGGCUGAAUCGGUCGGUCGCCCUGCUUGAGACCUCGAAGCAUGUUGGAGGAAUUGCAAUCGAGGGUGCAGGCGGGACGGACAUUGAUUCUCAGAGCUCUUUCCAAAAUUCAGUGACUGUUGGUCCUCUCGCACAUGAGUUUUACCGACGCGUCGCCGCCCGGUACAACAACACAGAUGCCUUUGACGAGGCGUGGAAGAACCACACCAAGGAUAAAGACUUAUGGCGAUUUGAAUGUCAUGUCGGACAGUCCGUAAUUGAAGAUUGGCUUGCCGAAGAAGAGAAACUAGAUGUCUACCUAGAGACAGCUCUCAGGGGCGCUGGGAAUGGAGAUGGAGUAACAAUGUCCGGCACAGCAAUCAGUAAGAUUGAGACAGAGGCGGGUGACACUUUCUCUGCCCGAUAUUUCAUCGAUGCGACGUAUGAAGGAGAUCUGCUUGCUGCAUCAGGGGUGCCUUACACCAUUGGCCGUGAAUCCACUGUCCCCUACAAUGAAAGUCUCGCAGGCAUUCAGUACAACACAAGUUUCUCGCAACUUACCGUCAAUGUCGAUCCAUAUUUAAUUUCUGGGAAUGUGUCAAGUGGAAUGAUUCCGACCGUUCAAAACCAAGCUCUUGGAAAGGCCGGCGCUGGAGAUAGGAACAUACAAGCCUACUCGUGGCGACUGUGUCUCACAAAUCAGACUUCCAAUAUUGUGCCUUUCUCUCGGCCUAGCAACUAUGAUCCCAAGCAGUACGAAAUAUACAAACGAUAUGUUGCCGCUGGUGGGCAAAUUUUCAAGCCAAGCGUCGUACUACCCAAUGGUAAAACGGAUAUGAUUGGCACUGCGACAGAUGGACUUGGGUUUGAUAUGCCAGGACGCACUCUGAAAUACCCGGAGGCAAGCCAUUCAGAGAGAGCGAAGCUCUUUGAUGACUUGGCACAGUGGCAAAAAGGACUGUUAUACUUCCUCGCCAACGAUGAGUCAAUGCCGAGUGCGACUCGAAGUGAAUGGUCCACGUGGGGUUAUGCAAAGGAUGAGUUUUUAGACAAUGAUCAUUUCCCACGGGCAAUGUAUGUUCGCGAUGCCAGGCGAAUGAUCCGAGAUGACAUAGCUAUCACGAUGCAUAAUUCAGAAUACGGUUAUCCCGAAGCUACCGUUGAGGAUCCAAUUCUGACAAAUCUGUGGCCUAUUGAUAUGCAUUCUACUCGACGGAUCGUGCGGAACGGGAGUAUCUACGACGAAGGCUUUAUCUGGAAGCAAGGGCCGGACUGGAAGCCAUGGGUGCUGUCUUAUCAAGCCAUUGUUCCCAAAUCUCAUCAAUGCAGCAACCUAUUUGUUCCUACUUCCCCCUCUAGCAGUCAUCUGGGCUUCAGCUUACUGCGUAUCGAACAUACCUUCAUGAGCAUGGGACAAGUCAGUGCCUUUGCAGCAGAUAUUGCUAUACUUACAGCGGCAACGAGCUCACAGGAAGUUGAUUACAUGCUACUGCGUAAGAAACUUGAUGCUGCUGGUUUUUUGCUAGAUCCCAAUGCUGAUGACCUUCCGGUUCGUGUUCGCAACUCUUGA